AUGGCAGAAACAGAACAAAAGAACCAAACAAAUAUUUCAGCUUUCUAUCUGCUGGGAUUUGUUGGACUUGGAAAUCUGCAGGUUCCUCUCUUUUAUCUUUUCUUAGUUAUCUACAUUAUUACCAUGGUGGGGAAUAUCCUGAUCAUCCUGCUUGUUAUUAAUGAUUCCCAUCUUCACACCCCCAUGUACUUCUUCCUGAGUAAUCUUUCUUGCUUGGAAAUCUGCUAUAGUUCUGACAUCCUUCCAAUGAUGCUGGCUAAUCUCUUGUAUGGUAGGAAGAGAGCCAUAUCUGUAACUGGUUGCAUGAUGCAAUAUUACUUUUUUGCUAUUUUAGGAGUUGCUGAAUGUUGGCUACUAGGGGCAAUGUCAUAUGAUAGGUGUGUAGCAAUUUGCAAGCCACUGCAUUACACAAUACUUAUGAAUGGCAGAAUUUGUCUCCAGUUUAUAAUUGGAUCUUGGAUCAAUGGUUUAUUUGUUAUGAGCAUAAUUUUAUAUCUGAUGCAUCAACUGAAGUUCUGCGGCCCCAGUGAAAUCAACCAUUUCUUUUGUGAACUGAAUCCAAUAUUAAAGCUGGCAUGCAGUGACACUCACUUUAUUGAAGUAGUAACUUUUUUCAUAUCUGCUAUGUGUAUCUUGCUUCCUUUCUUCUUGACUUUGGCAUCUUAUAUCUUCAUUAUUUCCACUAUAAUGAGAAUGUCAUCUGUUAGUGGGAGGAAAAAGGCUUUCUCAACUUGCUCCUCCCAUCUCAUAGUGGUGUCCAUUUUCUAUAGCACCUUAAUGAUUGUCUACAUUUUGCCUAAAACAGAUGGACUGCGAAACAUUAACAAAGUAUUAUCUCUCUUUUACACAAUCCUGACCCCUUUGUUCAAUCCUCUGAUAUACAGCCUACGAAACAGGGAGGUGAAGGAGGCCCUUAGGAAAGCAGUUGCUAAAUUGUGUACAGUUGGAAGGAUGCACCACCAUAAUCUGGAAUGA